AUGCGUGUCGAAGAAUACGUUUAUUUUUCAGAGUUGCUCAAAAGCCUAAAGAAGCUUUGUAUCGUGAAAGAAGAAUAUCUCUUUCAUCUGCUUCUUUGCAUCUGGGAUGAAUUCCUCGAUAAAAGUGCAUUGGUGGAAACAGCUGCGGACCACACUUGGUUGAGGGUGACUCAAACGUCUAAAGAAGCAGCUGCGAACAGACGGGAAGACAUUACCUUCUACUGUACAUUCUCCAUUUGUCAGCAAAGUUCAAAGCCAAAUGUAAUUUGGUGGAAGCAGGUUGGGAAUGAACGUGUUCAGAUUGAAGCCAGUGGUAGAAAACAAUUUGGAUUUGAAAAUGAAGCAAUAGCGUUCCUUAGCUUGCUGCGCGUUGAUAUCCAAGAUUCUGGAGUUUAUCACUGCACGGUGAAUUACCAAGGAAUCGGUCAAAGAAGCGGAACCGGAUCCCAGCUAUUUGUGCGUGUUGCUCCAGUCCCACUGAAAAUUACGCCCAAGUUUCACGAAGAAAAUUCACUUGUGUCUUUGACCCUUCUGUGUGAAACAGCUGCAUUUCAUCCGGAGGAUUUCACCCUCGCCUGGUAUAAAAACGGGACGAAAACUACAGUCGGUAUAAAUACGAGCAAGGUGCAGAACAGUGAGGGACUGUAUGAAGUAUCCAGUUCUUUGGUUGAUCCUCAUCCUCCCUCAAGUAAUCUCAAGUAUACCUGUGAAAUAUCUCACAUCUCCCUCAAGACGCCUGCUGUUGUAACCCACAGUAUUUCCACAUUUGGCGGAUUCCAAAAAGGCGAGUUAGUUGCUGUCAGUUUUGUUACGAAAUGCAUCGUAGAAUAG